AUGGCCCCCACAGGGGCAAAACCAAAAAACUUGGACGUAAAGCCCAAGGAACCCGAAGAUGAGGAAACCCCAAGUAGCUACUCUCCUAGCUCUCCUAGGAGACAACAAAAGAAGAAAACUAACAACAAAAAAGAGGAAAAACCAGCCGAGGAAAUCAUCACCGAGGCAAUGGCUAUCGACUUACCCAACAGUGAAGACGAGUUUACCGAAGUAAUCUCACGAAGCACCCGUAAAAGGGGCCGAAAAUCCGCAAGUGGCGCUGGGAAUAUCUCAUCGUCCGAGGAAGACGACACCAAUGGCAAUAGCUUAACUCCCCGGAACGGUUCGAAAAAUUGUAGAGGCAAGUCUCCGGCUUUUUCACCGCCCAGGGAUGAAAUUUUUUCAGUCAAAAAUACGGAACACUUGGGUGCGAGUAAGGGGUUAAAUCGGCCGGUAAACGGUCGCGCCUCCGAGGCAUGUAAGUCAACGAUUUUUGAGACUGUAAAGGCAACGGCGACGAAACCGAAAAACGAUGAUUUCCCACCGCUACCGAAGGUAACGAAAAUACCGAUCAUGAGAAACACCACAAUUAAGACAAAAGUACCGCCUACACAUGCACCAGGAGGUACUGAACCUGCGAAAGCGACAGCCAACUUGGUUAUUACAGGGCGUGAUGAAACCCUUAACCCCACGGCCGAGCCAAAACAGACGAAAGUACCACCGGUGGUAGUGGAAAGUGGUGCCAAAAACUGGCCAGAAAUAAGACGUGGCCUAGUAGAAAGGGGUAUUCCUUUCACUAAAGCCCCUACACGCAACGAAGAAUUGAAAGUCUGGCCAGCAACCUUCGAUGCGUACAGGGCUACGACAAAGUACCUGGACGAGAGAAAAGCCAAAUACCAUACGUACAGACUUGAAGAUGAAAAAUUUCACAAAGCGAAAAAAUUUGUAGUAAUACCUCUGACCGUCGACGACGACGUCGUCAUCGUAGUGGAGUCGCAGAGAACAGUGAGCCGUGCGGUGCAGCCCCUGCAGAGAGGUUUCGGGGGCAGCACAGCAAUGAAGCCCGUCAUCCGCAUGAUGGACGUCCGCCCAUAA